UGACAACCACAAUUUGACUAAGAAGAAAGAAGAAGACUAUCUUGCAUUUUGGAUGUUUAGAGCUGGUAUAGAGGCGUGAAUGUGCCAAAUCCACUAGCCUCCCGUGUGUUUUGUCGUGCCUGUCGUCGGGUACCUUUACUUAAUGUAGGUUACUGCGCUAACUGAGAACUUUACUGAGACCUGCCAGACGUCGAGUAUUUGUUAAUGUAGUCUGAUCAACGUUAGCACUGCUGACUUAGCAGUUAACUUUCGUUACUGCUUGCUGGUGUAACAGAUACCAACCGUGCCAACACGUACUGAAGUCCUCAGGGAAGGAAAUCAGCCCUGAUAAAUGUCGAAUCUUAAUACCUCUGCAGGUCUAUGAUCCACUAAAGAGGAGGAGAGAGGACUACUCUACCUCAAACAACAAUGAAAGGUGGACGUCAGAAAAUGGACAAAAGCAAACCUAAGAGAACACCAACAAAAAGAGCCACCAGAGCCAAUGUUUCACCUGAAGCCAAAGACAAAUCGAAUGCUGUGCCUGAUAAUGCUUUGCCGGUGAGCUCCUUACCACCUACUCCAAAAAGAAGAGGAGGACAAAGGGAACAGCCUCCAGCAGCCUGUCUGACCUCCACACCAGUCCGCAGCUCUCCGACCGGCAUCCUAUCUGACAUCUCAAAGUCCCCGUCGAGAACCGAACUACCAGAGUUGGAAUACACUGAACUCUACACUGAGUUAAAGACAUCAGAGAUUAACACCCCACGCAGUAAAUCCAAUUCUCGAACUCGGGGAGGAGGGGAUAAUGCCUCCAGGCCUAUGCAAUUGAGAAAAAGGGUGACAAAAGAGCAGACUUGCAUUGAUGCAAAUGGUUCACCAGCCAAGCAGCGGCGUGGCAGACCACAGAAGGACAUUACCACAAAAUCGUCUGAACACUCGAGGCCUAGAUUUCAACUGGAUGAGUCUGAUGAAGCAGAGAAAGCCUCAGAGAAAGAUGAGUCUCUGCUGUCUUCAGAUCUAUCAAUAGAGCUGAGUCACCAUGAGGAGCAGCUGUUGUCUCUGUCUGUCCAGGAAGAUGGAGAAAGCGAUGAAGAGGAAGAGGAAGAGGAGCUACCAAGCUUCUUGAUGCAGGGGGACAAAAAGCCUCCCUCCAUUAUAGGAGGUGUGUUUGUGUGGCACAAACUCAGAAAUGAUCCAUUCUGGCCUGCAUUGGUAAAGAGAGUGAACCAGAAGCAGAAAAAAGCCAGCAUUCUGUUCAUCGAUGACCCAAUUAUUCGAAAAAAGACGGGGUUUACUGUUCCUCUGAAAACUCUGAAGCCCUUUGAUUGUGAAGAAGCUGAUGACCUUGUGCGCAAAGCCAAAGAAAAGUAUAAUGUCACAAUUGAGUGGUCCCUGGAGCUCAUAACAGACUACAGAAUACGGAUCGCAUGCGGCUCAUUCUCUGGCUCCUUCAUCGAGUACUUUGAGCAUGACAUGAGCUAUCCGGUGAGGAGGAAGUACCCCCAGGCAGCCUCAGAGAGACUAAGCAUUGCAGAUCCGAUGUUGGAGGUGCUGUGUGAUGAUUGUGAGGAGGACAGCUUUAGUGAACAGCAGGAGGAGGUCAGCAGGAGUUCAAAGAGGCUGCUGCCAGAUCGGAGUCAUGCCGCCUACAACCGUGCUAAUGAGAAGCUUGUGCAUUUCAUUGUACAGCAGCGCAUGGUGGAAGAACGACUUCUGGCUGUUAUCCGUGGGCAGCAGCAGUCCAGAUGGCUUCGAUCCUUUUUGAGUGCCAAUCGCAGACGAGUGAUAAACAUAUACCUGGAAGAUGACCAGCAACUAGAGCGGGUCUAUAGGUACUUAAAUGAGCUCUAUUCAUCAGCUAUGACCUCUAACCCUUGUCUGGCAGAGGUGAAGUCCACAGAGAGUGUCUCCCUUGUCCUGGAUGUGCUUCUUCCCGAGGCCAUCAUUUACGCCAUAGCUGGAGUGGAAGCUGUGUCUGUGAAAAAGGCAGAGGAAAAAUACCUAAAAGGACGAUGUGUGAGCAAUAGGGAAAGACAAGAGUUUGAAGCCAUGAUUGAUGUAUAUAUGAGGAGAAAAUCACUGAACCAGAAUACUCCUCCUGCAUUGUCUCCUGAAGCUGUAGGUUAGAAGCUGUAGUUCAAGCACGUUAUUCAGAAGAGUAAAGUAAGGAUAAAUAAAGUGAACUAUUUUUUUUGUAUUUUUUUAAUGAAUAUCAAUUGCUGGUGACAGUGAGACUGCUUGUCUGGCACAGUCUACAUCAGACAUAAAAGGAUGUACCACUAUACCACCAAACUCCAGGGAAGUGUCCCAUCUCUGGAUAUGAGGGUGCUUCAUACAGCACCGUUAUCAGUGAUCAGAAACCAACACCUUUCAACUAUCUCUGCCUUUUAUGCUCCACAGGCUGCCUUUGAAUUGUUGUUUGUUUUUUGCGCUGUUAUUUUAAUUCAACACAGUCUUCAGGACAAGUCUACAUAUUUACUGUUAGGUUGCACAACUGCCUUUUUGUUGUCGUUUUUUUACUAAAUGAAAUAUAGCAGUGCCCCUUGUGAAUGCAUUAUUACCAAUAUAAUGCUGUUUUCUGCACUGUCAGGGUUUCUUUUGUCAACUGAUGUGUGUUGGGUACAGUCAUAACUCAAUGUACCUUGACAGCUAAUGGCAGCUACAUUGUUGCUGUCUUGGUGUUCAUGAAUAAUGUAUACAAAUUCUCUAGUGAAUUAUACAUAAACCUUUAAUUUUGAACUUAUUUAAAUUUUAUUUUAAAAUUUGUAGCACACUUAUUCAAUCUUUAUUCAUCAUGACACUUAACUUGAAAUUGGGUCUUUGUGUAGCUACAGUACUUCAGAAAUAAAUAGGUUUUUGGAACAAAGGAGCAAGAAUGCAUAAAUUAUGUGGACAAUCAGACAAUGUUCAAUGGUAAAUAAAUAUCCUCAUAAAGCUUUGAA